AUGGAUCUCUCCGAACUGUGUCAUACAGACCAAAUAUCUGACCUCACAGAGGACGAAACUAAAGUUGUCACUCCAUUCUUGGUGAAGCACAUCAGUGACCAGAACAUGGCCCCUGCGACCGUGGACAACUUUCACAACUUUUGUUAUCGUCACAACCCUGAGAUUACGUGCAAUAAACGAGCUGACGAAGACAAAAUGAAAAGAAUCCAAGAACAACUCGAGCUGCUACCGAACCGAGACAAGAAGGCUAUAAGCCAUGUAUGGCUGAUAUUCUCGGCUGCCCCCGCACCACAGCGAAAACUCAUACUACUGGGGCUUUUGAGUCAAUGUUGUUUUCCUCAAUUAAGUUUCAUCAGUCAAGAGGUUCAAUCACUUAUCCGGAUCGAUUUCAUUUCCACUCUUCCCCAGGAAAUCGCUCUUAAAAUCUUAUGCUACCUUGAUUUCAAGCUGUUGUGUAAUGCAACUCUUGUUUGUCGCAAAUGGAAACAAUUGGCAGAUAACGAUUGUGUUUGGCAUUACAUGUGUAAGCAGCACAUUGAUCGUAAAUGUCCAAACUGUGGAUGGGGUCUCCCUUUGCAUAUUGAAAAAGCGGCUAUCGAGGCCAACAAGAUUGACGUAACUGACACCCCUUCAACAAAUGUUGAUGCUGCAGUUACAACCACAUCAACUGAGGUUGCAUGUAAAUCUUCAGAUGAACCACCCCGGAAAAGAUUGAAAAAAAGACCUUGGAAGCUGGUAUAUUCCGAGAGAUUUUUGUUGGAACGUAAUUGGAGGAAAGGUUUCUACAAAGUGAAGAUGUUAAAAGGGCAUACUGAUGGGGUAACCUGCUUGAAGUUUCACAAUAAGUUGUUGAUGACUGGGAGCUAUGAUACCACGAUAAAGCUUUGGAACACUGAAACUGGGGAAUGCACCCGGACGCUUACUGGUCACUCACGGGGUGUUAGACUGUUAGCGUUCGAUCUGAAAAUUUUAAUUCUGGGUUCUCUUGACAAAACAAUCAAAGUUUGGAACUACCGACUGGGUGAAUGCAUUGCCACAUACAGAGGACAUGAGGAUCAUGUGGUGGCGGUUGAUUUACACCGCAACAUCAUCGUGAGUGGCCUGGCAGACCAUACUGUCAAAGUUUGGCACGUGGAUCUGCGAACAUGUUAUACUUUGAGAGGCCACACUGAUUGGGUUAAUUGUGUUAAGAUUCAUGCACCAUCAAAUACGGUAUUUUCGGCGAGUGACGAUACGACAAUUAGAAUGUGGGAUUUAACAACGAACAAGUGUAUUCGCAAGUUCGAAUGUCAUGUUGGGCAGGUCCAGUCUGUUAUCCCAUUCACCUACAACGAGUCUUUGGUUCAAGAUGAAGAAGAGGUUGAUUGUGUCACUCGUGUGCAACCGGACCCCGAUUUCAAAUGGCUGUCUAAGUAUCCUCUGCAUUUAUUAACAUCUUCGUUGGAUAAUACUAUCAAGCUUUGGGACGUUCGUACAGGAAGAUGUAUCCGUACCCAGUUCGGGCAUGUUGAGGGGGUGUGGUCGAUCAGUGCAGACACUUUCCGGAUUGUUAGUGGUGCUCACGACAAGUUGAUCAAAGUGUGGGACCUUCAGGAUGGAAAAUGUUUGCACACUUUCAGUAAUGAUGCCAGCGUUCUGUGUGUGGGAUUACUGGAUUCGCAUGUUGCUGCCGGCUUAGACGACGGCACAGUAAAGUUGUACCGCUUUGAUGUUGAUCCUAACGAUCUUCCUCGUAAAAAGCUGACGCUGGAACAAAGCCAUGAAAUUUAUACCCUGGUUUUACCGUGUGGAACUGUAUCCAACUGA